CCCACACACAUUCAACACGCUCUUACCGCCCAGCCAACACCGCCAUGGCUGCCUCCACCAUGUCCGUCUGCUCUGACGCUCGCACCAACUCCUCCUGGCAGGUGGAUGACUGCCCAGAGAGCUGCUGUGAGCCCUGCUGCUGUGCCCCCAGCUGCUGCCAGCCCUGCUGCUGUGCUCCAGCCCCCUGCCUGACCCUCCUCUGCACCCCAGUGAGCUGUGUGUCCAGCCCCUGCUGCCAAUCUUCCUGCUGCACACCCUCAUGCUGCCAGCAGUCUAGCUGCCAGCCAGCUUGCUGCACCUGCUCCCCCUGCCAGCAGCCCUGCUGUGUACCUGUUUGUUGCACACCUGUCUGCUGCACACCUGUCUGUUGCAAGCCUGUCUGCUGCAAGCCUGUGUGCUGCACACCCAUCUGCUCUGGCUCCUCCUCCUGCUGCCAGCCCUCCUGCUGUGCUCCUGUGUGCUGCAAGCCCUGCUCCAGCCUGUCCCUGCUGUGUCGCCCUGUGUGCAGACCUGCCUGCUGUGUGCCCACCUCCUCCUGCUGUGCCUCCUCCUGCCAGCCCAGCUGCUGUGGCCCAACCUCUAGUGUGUCCCUGCUGUGCCGCCCUGCCUGCUCCAGACAGGCCUGCUGUGGACAGAAGUCCAGCUGCUGAGGGCCUGUUCCUGG